CUAACGCAACACGAUGGGUAGAAAAGCGGCCAAGUCAGCGAACCAGCCGCAGGGGCUGAAGAGACCGCGUGAAGAUGUCGAAGCAGGAAGCCCAGAGAAACCGGUCAAACGCAAACGCCAGGCCAAUGAUCUCAGCAUGGUCGAGCUCUACAAUGAUCUUGCUGCAGAAUCAGAGGAGAUCCGGUUAGAAGCAGCGAAGCAGCUAAUCCUCAAGUUUUCUCCCGAGAACAAGCCUUCGUCAACAGAUGUAUUGAAGGCUCUGAACCGACUCAUCUCAGGCCUGUGCACUCACCGAAAGGCAGCCCGGUUCGGUUUUUGUGUUACCCUUACAGAACUUCUAAGAUUGAUCUUUGCACCCUCGGCGGCUUCCAUCGAGGGCUUAGACCUCAGCGUUGAAACCUUGUUGAAGAAGGUGGAGAAACAGACUAAACCCGAGGGCAAUGUGUCUGGAUUGGAGCGAAGAAACCAUUUGAUUGGAAAGCUCUUUGCCUACAAGGCUGUAUUGCAGUCUUCAAUUCUGAUCGAGCCAGAACUGGCGAUGGACAGCUGGAACGAGCUUCUGGAUCUCAUCUAUGGAAUGGCCAGAGACACGCCAUGGCUUCGUGAGGAAUGUGCGUUGGUUCUAGUUCAGACCAUCGAAACCCUUCCGGUCAAGGCAAAAAUCGAGCCAUGCGUUCGAGCCAUAAGCGAGCGGCUCGUUUCUUACAAGAUUGCGAACACACCAGAGGGCAUCGCAAUAUGGCUUGCACUGCAAGAACAGUAUGCGUCCACAUUACCGGCGAACGUAUGGCACGACAAUGAUCCUAUCUCGAUGAAGAAUCGACCGAAACUCGCGAAAGUGCUAAAAGGAGACAUCCAGAGCUCCCUCGGUAGCGAUGAAUCGGAGGCAGUCAAAUCAAGCGCUACCAACGCUAACCCGCAAUUCGCAUGGAAUACACUUUUGUCGAAGGUUCUUCAGAUGGACAGCGAGUCCAAAGCAGCCCGCACGGAUGCCAGCAAAUCCCAAUUCGGGCAGCUCUGGCUCAGCAUUGUCGACGCACAACUGUUUGGGUCAUCUUCAUCACACGAACGCAAGUCCUGGGGUUUCAAACUUUUUGCACAGAUGAUUGGCCAAGUACCUGAAUGGACGUUCCCCGCCUUGUUUAGUCCCAACUUCAUGCGGACCCUCCGGAAUCAGACGUCAAAAAAUGACAGGUUCCUCCACGCGGCAGCCUUAUUGGCUUGGAAAGCGAUUGCACGUAGGGCUCAAUCAACUCCAGAAUCAUCCCUCCCCAUCAUUGUGGAGUUGACAUCUAAGAAUGGAACCGCAGACUUUGAACAUUCGUCCAAAGCAGAAACCUUGGAAAAAAUAGCUCUUGCGGCAGACGACAAUGCCCUAAGGAAAAUUGUUCGCCAUUUGCAAUCGCUACUCAUCCGGCCAGAAACUACAGAACAGAACGUGGCUGAUCACCGGCGUCAGACCAUUGCAGACUUACUCCUGAACAUUGUUAAGCACUAUACAAAAUAUGACGAUCUCAUUGCUGAGUUCUCGGAGAAGGACAACUGGCUGCGAAACACGUUGGAUCUGCUUGUCGAACACGCGUACUUCAAUCCGAGCCAGAGCGCGAAGGCUCGUAAAGUACCUUCUCCGCCUAUUAGCGACUCGAGCCGAGCCAUGUUCCAGGAACGAUUGUCCUCAUGUCUAACGCGGUUGCAACCUGUGGCUGCUGGCUCACAGACGUCUUAUGGUGUCAUUGUGGUCGACAAGAUUCGGUCUAAGGCAGCUGAAAAAGCUUUCGAGCAGAUAUUCAAAGCGGAUGAAAGUGUCCAAGAAACUCUAGAAAAGGCCUACGAGACCUUCGAUGUUGUCAAAGUUAGUGACAAGUCUGACGGUAAGGCAUCGGUCUUCCAAGGGCUGACUCUCUUGUAUGCUUUCACUUUCAUCCAGAUCUUCAACGGAGAUACAGAUGCUAUAAUGAUGCUGCACGACCUGGAUGCGUCUUACAAAGCCAUCUCAAAUCCAAAGAAGGGUGCUUCGAGCGAAAGCCAAGACGGUUUCAUCGAAAUUCUUCUCUCUUUCUUGGGCAACACACGUACGUUGUUUCACAAGAUCGCAAUCGAGGCGUUUACUGCGUUCGCCCCUGAGAUUACUCUCGAAGGCUUGAGGUCAAUGACGGAUAUCCUCGAUACGGAGGAGACUCUUGAGGGGCAAAAGCAACUUUUUGCUCAGGCCGACGAGGAAGAAGAUGUGGCGGAAUCGGACGAGGACGAAGACAUGGAAGAUGCAUCAGACGUGGAGAUGGUUGGUGAUGCUAAGGAUGGUGAGAGCAGUUCAGAUGAAUCAGAGGACUCAGACUCUUCCGACAGUGAUUCUGAAGAUGAGGAUGACGACGACGAUGAACUCACGCAGUUCAACAACAAGCUCGCCUUGACUCUGCAGACGUCAGGGCUUGCUGCAAACGGUGAUGGAUCAGACGAGGACUCGGACGACUCCGAUAUGGACGACGAGCAGAUGAUGGCUUUGGACCCCCACCUCUCGAACAUCUUCAAACAACGGAGCCAGAUCACAGGGAAGAAGCAACGGGAAGAAGCCAAGCAAAACGUAAUUCGGUUCAAGUCCCGUGUUCUGGAUCUUCUCGCAGUCUUCCUCGACAAGCAGUUUUCCAACCCGCUCAGCCUGGAAGUGCUGCUGCCGGUACUACGACUCACCCGGGCGUCAGCGAACAAGCAGUUCACGGACCGGAGCGCAAAGCUGUUGCAUUCGACAUUGGCGAAGAGCAACAAGCCACUUCCGCAACUGGAGGAUGCAGAGCCUGCAUGGGAGAUACUGAAGACCAUUCACGAGGAGGCCAAACAGGGCGGAGCGUCGACUGCGCACGGUGGUGCAUGUAGCGCGGCCAGCUUGCACGUUGUCCGAACUUUGGUCAAUGCUGAUUCGGACAACUAUGCAAAGGUCGUGGAUGUGUAUGCUGAGAGCCAGAAGAAUUGGUUCAUGGACAGGAAAUCAGAGGUCCGAGACAGCAUGUUCUCGCAGUUCUUGAACUGGUCCGCACGGUCCAGGUCUGCCACAAAAGCGGAGGCGGAGUGAGAAAGGGAUAGCAGAUUUCAUCGGCUUUGUGCCUUCAUAGCUCGAUACCCGAAGCGUGUAUAGAAUAGCAUUUACAAAUUACAAUACCCUGCC